AUGGCCUCCGAACCGCCGCGCUCUCCCCACGACUCUCCACCUCUCCCCUACUCAGCCGCGGACACCGCGGGCUCGUCGACGACUUCCCAGCCUCAGAGCUUGAGUAUAAUCCAGAGCCAGGAGCUGGAGCGGCCCAGCUCAGUCAAUGCGUCCAUGCAGACCACACCCAGGCUGCCCUGGAGGACCCUGCUGAAGGCCUUGGGCUGCUUCAAGCUGUCCAUCCCCGUGACACGCCAAAAAACCCAGCUGCUGGCCACCUGUGACCCUCUGGCCUUGGACACGAGGCGGCAGCCACCACGCAGGAAGCGAUAUGAACCCGAGAAGUCGGGGUGGGGUGACCCGGAGUCCCUCUCCAAGAUUCCAUUUAAAGUUCUCAGGGGACACCAGCACAUCGUGAGUUCCUGCCAUUUCUGUGUGGAUGACACAAAGCUCCUCAGUGGUUCCCAUGACUACACGGUGAAGCUGUGGGAUGCUGCUGAUGGAUCUCUGAUUCGGGAUUUCGAGCCCCAGCCCGAGGCUCCCAUUUUAGAGUGCAGCCUCACGGCGGACAGCAGAAGGGUUAUUGCGUCAUCCUAUGACAAGAAAGUGCAGACCUGGGACCUCGAGACAGGCAAGCUGCUGUGGAAGAUGGAGUAUGAUUCCUUCAUUGUCGCCAGUAAGUUUUCUCCUGACGGUAAAUACGUGGUCUUGGGCUUUGAUUUGGAUCACGGAAUCUGCAUAAAGGAUGCGGAAAACAUCACCACCAUUGCACUCAUCAAAGAUCACCACAGCAAGUCCGUCACCGCCUGCUGCUUUGACCCCGACAGCCAGAAGGUGGCUUCUGUUUCGCUGGACAGGUGCAUCAAGAUCUGGGAUAUGAUAGCCCAAACCACACUGCUCACCAUCCCCAAGGCUCAUUCCAACGCCAUCUCCAACUGCUGUUUUACCUUCAGUGGCCAUUUCCUGUGUACAUGCUCCUGGGAUAAAAGCUUAAAAAUAUGGAACAUCCAUACUGGGGAGUUUCGAAACCGGGGAGCCUGUGUGACUCUGAUGCAGGGCCACGAAGGUUCCAUCAGCUCCUGCUACUUUGCCAGAGACAGCUCUUUUCUCAUUUCUGGGGGGCUCGACAGGACCGUGGCUAUUUGGGAUGUAGGAGAAGGCUACCGGAAGCUCUCCUUGAAGGGCCAUAAUGACUGGGUGAUGGAUGUCGCCAUUAGUAACAACAAGAAAUGGGUCCUAUCUGCUUCAAAGGAUAGGACCUUGAGACUGUGGGACAUUGAAAACAUUGACCAAGUUCCUUUGGCGAUCAAGAACAGAAAGGCCAGGGGCUUAAACGUAAAACAGUGUAAAGGAUGUGAGAGGCCUUUCUCCAUCUUCGACGGUGAUACCUCUUCUGAAAUAUUCAACAUAUGCGCGUUCUGCCGGAUAGAUGCAAGGGACUUACUAGAGGAGUGUCCAUCAUCAGCAAGGGAGGACUGGUCAUCAAUAGACAGCGAGUAUGACUGGACCGCCACCAGUCCUUCAAGUAGCACAGACUACCUGUAGUGUAGGUUUCAGGGCUUUGCAGGGACCUUUCUCUUGGGCCCCUCCCAGCUGAGGGAGCCUGCCAGCCCCACAGGGCAGGGCAGAGCUCUAGCUGGACUCCUACCAGAGUGAGUCUAGUCUGCUCAGCUCUGCAGCAUUUUUGUGGAGUGGAACUUUAUUCUUAGCUUUCAUGAAAAAUAAAUCUAGAUUCCUUUGGAAAACAAGUGUGCCUGUGCAUUCUGGAAGCAGUUUUGUCCUUUCUGGGCUUUAUGACCUGGUGUACAUGCUGUCUCGUUUUCAGAACACAUUAUGGGCUCACAUUCUGGGGACUGGAGUUGCCCUGUAAGGUGACCCUUGGAGGCUGGCACCAGCAGUUCCCGAGGAAGGGUUUGUCAAAUGGAUAUGAAGAUGUGUGGGGCUCCCUUUGUGAGUGAGUGACUGCAGGUGUCUCUGGGGCUAAUGCCCUCAGAUGGCCACCUGCUCAGAGCAGAGGCAGGCCUGGAUAGGUAAGGGGAUGGUGGUGGCAUUUCCAUUACAGGAUGCCUCAUGCUCUGUGCCCUAGAUGUCUCAAUUUCCAGAUUGUCCAUGCCUACGUACAGCACAGAUGAAUUCAGAAAGAGUAGAAGUUUUCAGUUAGGACGAAGGUCCCCCUUUUCCGUUUGGUAUGUAUAGAUGGCAUACUUUUUUUGAAAUGUUAUUAAUAUGCCCCUAGGUCCAUUAUACAAACUUAACUACAGGACUGAUUUAUGCAGUGUCGAUCGUCUGGCAUCCAAUAAUUGUGCACCCAAGCCCUAUGGGGCAGGUCCCACGGUUGGUGCCGUCCUCCGCAGUCACAGCCCAGCUGACUGCUCACAUCCAAGCUGGCUGCGCAAUAUUAUCCAUGUAUUUACACGAGUGAUGUAUGAACAGGUCAAAGCUCCACUUACGCCCUCUCCUCAGUUGGGGCCCCCAUGCGGAGAAGCCCCGUUACUCGUGGCCUCCCUCCUCCCGGCAGGGUCUGAGGCCGCCCCACGCAGGUGUACCGGUCCCCCGGGCUGAGGAGGUCGGCCAGACAUCACAAGCAGUCGGCCCCUCUGAUGGCACUUAGGUUGCCGUUCCAGAUAGCACAGGGUGAAACGAAACCUUCUGUGCACGUAUUUUUGCAAACUUAAACUUCUGCGGAUGAACGGGGUGGCGAUUUGGGGCUUUGUUGCUGCUGCCCAGAGGCUCUCUGAAAAGUG